AUGAACCGAGGACGAAGAUCUGGUCCUAACAAAGCUGCUGGACGACGAAACGAUAAUAAUCGCAUCUACGCUCAUCCUCUUCCCCUUCUUUUCACUUCACCUGAACCUAUCGGCACUAGCUCUUUUUCUUCACUGCUUGGAAGCCUUGGUCUCGGUGGCUCGAGACUAGAAGUUCUCAACCCGCACUGUGAAGGCGUCUUCGAUCCGGCAACACGCUCGGUAUGGGUCACGAACGCUAAAGAUUCCAGGAUCCUGUGGACGAGGGGAUUCUUCGGAAAGGGGAACUUGUCGAGGAGCGAGCCUAGCUGGCUUGCGAGGCAGGUGAAUGCGAGGAAAGAUAGGGCCGCGGGGAAAUCCAUGACCUCAGAAGAAGUCACGGCGAAACGCCGUGCGGAACGUAAGCAGUUCAAGGUCGACCGAGCGCGGGCGAUCGCACAGGCUGCGGCGGAGGCGGAGGCCGCAUUCAGGGAAGGGAGGAUAGUUUCGCUCGAGGAGACGAAGGCGAAUAUACCGUCUGCGGCGACGUGGAAACCUUCGAGCUCUGCGAUUACCUCUGCCUCAGUCUCAACCUCCGGGCUGAAUGAUGAAGAUGAAGCUCCGUUGGAAGACGUGGAACAUCUGCAGCUCACCCUCCCCGAGGCGUUCUUCCUCUGUUGGGCAUUAGACUGUCUCACCGUGCUCGAUCCCAAAUCCAUGGAACCGAUGACACUCCAAGACAUAUGGAUCGCUUUCCAAUCGGCACACCUUCCUUUACCUCUGGGUGUGGGGAGUGUACAGGGACAGGAGACGCUGAGGCCAGACAACCCGUUCCUGAUCAACUAUGUGUUCCAUCAUCAUUAUCGGUCGCUUGGAUGGGUGGUGAAGAACGGCAUUAAGUUCUGUGUGGAUUAUUUACUGUAUAAGCGCGGGCCUGUGUUUCACCAUGCCGAGUUCGCGUUCGUGCUGAUGCCGGUGUACGAGGACGAGGAGGACAAGACGAGUUCGCCGUUCAGUCUGCCGAACGUCGAGCCGUUCACUUGGCAGUGGCUGAGCACGGUCAACCGGGUGAACUCGCAGGUGCAGAAGACACUGAUAUUGGCGUACGUGACGAUCCCGGCGAGGAAGAGGAUGUCGAAGGAGGUAUUGGGGAGUCCUGCUUGUUUUGAGCAUUACUCGAUUCGGGAGAUCGCGCUGAGGAGGUUCAUACCGGCGCGUAUGAGGGACUGA